GAAAAAAAAGGAGCAAGCGUAAUCACUAAAGCGAUUCAUUCACACUGGUGCAACACAGCGAUAUAACCUUAAUUAGCGGUUUCUAUUUUCUGCUCACCUCUUCCAUCACCCCGUCCGGCAUAUCAUAUCAGAAGCCGGCUCAUCAACAACCAAGAAAACGCACUUCCCAAGAGGGACAUAUUUUGCAAACAAAGGGCACAUCUAAAGGGCACACCGCGACAACCUCAACCUUUCAUCAUCAUGAUGGAGGCACAGUCGCUGGCCGCGCUGAAUCUGCAGGCGGCUAACCCACCUCAAUAUCCCGAAAACCCAUCAGAGACACCGCAGGAGCCUCUGACCCUCUACAUAUCUAGAGUUCCCGGCACCAGAGAUGUAAUACUUUCACCUUUCAAACCCCAGGUCAAAAAUGUCACUGGUGGAGAUGUUGCUAGCAGCCUCUACUAUGUUCAUCUCGAGCUCCCCACGUUGGACAUGGCAGGCCCUGAGCCGCUGAGAGAUGAAGCACAAGGUAGAUCCAGUGAAGAUAGCUCAGCGACAAGGACCAUUGCCCGGAAGCCAGUACCCGGCACAGUCCCAUCGCUAGGCCCUGAGAUUUCGAUACAGAGCGAUCAAUUACAGCUGCAGCAAACUCGAAGCCAACAUGACAACACGACGCUUCGGCCGCCAGGGGAUGUUGGCAUGCCUCCCAGCUUGCAAGAGCGUGAUUUUGCUCCUCCUUUGCCUCCUAGACGGCGUUUUGAAGACUCUGGUUUGGGUUACUCAGAUGGCUCUUUCGAGGCGAAUCCUCAGGAAACAUCUCAGUUGAAUGUGCCUCCUAGGCGCAAGCCCGUUGGACCAAGACAGAUGGGCGGCGUGCCACAGGGUAGAGUCUCGAUGGACGAAACGACACGGUCCAGGGUUCAAACUAGGGCUCGGGCAGAUACGACAGGACACACCAGGCAAAGCCGCUCUUUGUCUCCAACAAAGAACGCUGAGUACGCCACGCCUCCAUUUACCCUGAGCCUGAUAAGGCGGGAUCCGGGCACCGGAGACCAGUGGAAUGUGGGAAAGAUUUCAUCAUAUGAGACGGACCCAAUGGCUGCGCAAGCUCCCAUGUAUCUCUCCGCAUCAGCAUCCGAACAGCACCCACCUCAGCACCCACCAAUCGACAUACAAAUCGAAACUGCUGGGUAUGCCAAGUUCCGCGGAGGGACACAAGUCGCCCUUCCUCCUCCUCCUUCUAUGAUAGAUUUCAUGCCAGAGCCGAGAUCCGAUGGCAGCAGGACAUUCUCCCGGCAGGUUUCCAUGUCGUAUUCAAAAAGCUUUGGUUCUACUGUGCGAUCCACAUUCCACAAGUUGGAGCAAAAGGCUCGCAAGAAGGCACAGGCACAUAACCGCAACGAGAGUGAAGCAUCGGUUGCUUCACAUAGUUCGGGAGAGUACACGGCCGGAUCGCCAACGACUGCGCGCCCUGACAAGAUGAAGCCACGGGGAUACACGUUUGCGAGUCCUUGGAACGGAAAAUGCGUAUUUCGCACGGGAAAGGAUGGCCGGAGCCUGGUGUGCGAUCAUAUCCUGCACGAAGGUGAAUUGGGCGGCUACAACCCGCUGGUGCCUGAUUCGAGCGCGGCCAAGGGGACUUCAACUGUAGUCAGCGAGCUGCGGUACAACCUUCCGGGCUCAGAGUUUUUCCCGUCCAGCGAAGUGCCCAAAGGCGACAUUAAUCAGAAACUCGGCCAUUUCGGCAAGAUGGUCAAGUCAACCAUGGACCGGGGCUACGGCGAUGAGGACGAGGAUGAUGUUGUAUCGCCGUUUGAUGUGAAUAUAGGCGGUGAGAGAGCAGGAGGGGGCAACCGGGGCAACCGAGCCAAGCUGAGCAAGCUCAUCAUAUACCACGAUGGGAUGAAGAUGCUGGACCUGCUGGUGGCGGCCAACAUAGGGCUGUGGUGGAGGACAUGGGAGAAGAGCUAUUGAGUGAUUUGGUGGUGUUGUUACUUUGUAAAGCUGCAUUUAAUGAUGGCGAUGUGCUAUGAGUUUAUUAUAUGACGGGUAAUUCAUAAUGAGCGUUUAAUUUCUCCUCUUUAUCAUUUUCUUUCAUGACUUGUGUAAAUUAUGUCCAACAUCGUGCUUGAAGGGUGGUCGUGACAUCGGAGCUGUUAAUCAAUGAGAGUCACGUGCCAUGUCACGGGCAGCCGGCAACCACCAAUCACUGGCCUAGCAAUGUAAUCCCGCAGAGCACUAGGCCGUUGAUCAAAGCAGAAGCCGCCGCCAAAAGUUAUACCAACACGUCAAAGUCGCCUCCCGCCCCAAUCGACCCCCCGCCAG